UAAAUUGUUUGUGUUACAGAUUAUAAUGGAACUGUACAUAAAAGCUGGACCGGAUGGUACAAGUGUAGGAGAUUGUCCUUUUGCGCAUUUUGUCCGAGCUGUACUCAGGAUGAAAGGAUUAGAAUGUACGGUGAUUCCAUGUACACAGGAAACUAAACCGGUUUGGCUGGUUCAAGACUGUCAGGGGAAAAUGCCUUGUCUAAGGGAUGGAGAGGAAAGAGUGACUGAAAGCUCUGUAAUAGUAAAAUACUUGGAGGACAAAUAUCAGACAACCAAGAUAGAGUGUUCUGAUGAUAUUGAUGUAAUGAUGAAAGUUGCCCCAAUCUUUCAGUCUCUGGCAAAAUUUAUAAAAAAGAUUGAGUUUGAUGAAGAGCUGGAGAGAAAUCUGAUUGAAGAAAUCAGGAUAUUAGAGAAUCAUCUUCAAACCUCGACAGGACCAUAUCUGUGUGGAGCAACUCCCUCCCUAUCCGACCUAUCUUUAGCUCCUAAACUGUACCAUCUCGAGACCACCCUAUCCAACUACUAUCCAGAAACUCUUGAAAAGGUUAUGCAAGGAAAGGUUAAAGAGUACACUGAACUUGUACUGUCCCUACCUGCUGUACGGGACACCUUGUACCCUAGGGAGUACGUACUGAAGGGCUGGGAGCAAGCCAGAAGUUAAUUGAAAGAGUCCCUUUCAGAGCCUUC